CGAAAAACGAGCACAGAGAAGAGAGUCCGUGGAGGACCCCCAUCAGCCUGGACUACUGUAGAGGCCACGACGCUUCCUGGGACCUGGGACCCAGCCGAGCACUCCCUUCUGCCUCUUGCUCCCGGUUUGCCUGCCCUUGGAGUCUUGCCCCACCAUUUAAAACCAGUUCCUGGAUGAGCUGACGUCUCCUUUCACACCAGGCCCCAACCCCGCUUGUCCAGAGCGGCCCACUCUAACCGGAGAGUGAUGGAAGGGCCUCUUGAGGGUAGGGAUGUGUCCCCAGACUCCCAAGGCCUUGCUGUGUGCGGUUUCAGGAACACCCAGAAGGAGGAACUUGCUCACCAGAUACAGGCUAUGGACCCCAGACCUUCAAGACCAGCAGUAGGGGCAACCCAAGGCAGAGGACUACAGGGAGGAGGUUCCUUGUCCAAAAAGCCUAAAUCACUUCCAGAGCAAAGGGCUGCAGAUGGGUCAGGGGACUGCCAGGGGAGCAUAUUAGGAGGCCCCCCAGUCCAGUCAGAGGAGCCGUCCUUCUCUGGAGUGGAAAACCUCUUGUAUCCUAUGUCCUCUCACCUCAGCCUGACACAGGAUAAGAAUGACUAUCCAGGGGGAGGUUUGGUGGGGGAAUCAGGUCCAGGCAAAGAACUGCCAGCUGGCUUUAGCCCUUUAUCAGAGAUGUCACCAAAGCUACUGGAGGCAGGUAAGGGAGACUGGGAAUUCUGGGAAGGGAAUGGGGCUAUCUGGAGGUGGGCAUUGAGAUUUGGGAGGUCUUUGACCCUACUCAGACUGAAGGCCUCGUCCAUGGAGGAGGUCCCUGGGAAACUGGCUCGUUCAGACCCAAGCCCUUUCUCUUCUCAAGACCCUAGUGGAUCCAGCUUCCCUAAGCCUGCUGACUGCCUCCUGGCCCAAGACCUCACCUGGGAGCUACUGGCCAGUGGCAUGGCUGCCCUACCAGGGACACGUGAUCUAGAAGGCCGAGCAGUGCUGCUUCUGUGUGCCCACAGCCCAGCUUGGCUUCAUCCCAAAUGCAAUAGCUCUGAACUUCUGAGUCUCUUGUUCUACUUGCGAGGCAUCCUCAGGUCGGAAGUGCAGGCCCUGGGACUGACCAUACUAGUUGAUGCCCGAAUUUGUUCCCCAAGCUCUUCUCUCAUCCGGGGCCUCAGCCAGCUGCAACAAGCCGCCCCAGGAUCUGUGCAACAAGUGCUGCUAGUUGGCAAGAUGCCAGAGGAAAUGCCUCCUGGGCUUCAGUUCAAUCAGCUGCCCUCUCACCAGAGCCUACUGGCCCACAUUCCUGACGUGGGGUUGCCUACUUCACUAGGAGGAUGCCUGCCUUACAGCCACCACGCCUGGCUGGAUUUCCGGAUGCGUCUAGAAACCCUGCAGCAGAAUUGCCAGGAGACUUGUGCCCUGCUCCAGGGAGUCAUUGACAGUAUGCAGGCUAUGCAGCAGCCAGUGGAGGCUGGAGACGUUGGCCAGCUGCUGCAGCGGGCACAAUCCCUCAUGCAGCAGGUGUUAGAGUCACCACAGUUGUCAUGGUUACAAAACCAGGGAAGCCUGGAGCUGGCACGACUGAAGCAAGGGAUGCCAGAGGUGACCCUGAGCCCCGAUUACAGGUCUGCAGUAGACAAGGCUGAUGAGCUGUAUGGUCAAGUAGAUGGACUGCUGCAUCAGCUGACUCUGCAGAGCAACCAGCGGAUACAGGCCCUAGAGCUCCUCCAAACACUUGAAGCCCAGGAGGGUGGGCUGCACCAGAUUGAAGUGUGGCUACAGGAGGUGGGCUGGCCAGGACUGGAGGAACCAGGGGAGCCCUCGCUGGACAUGUUGCUCCAGGCCCAAGGUCCUUUUCAAGAGCUAGACAAAGUUGCCCAGGAACAGGUCAAGCGAGGAGAGAAGUUACUGCAGCCACUGGUUGGCUGGGAAGCUGCUGAACUGGGGCCCCUUGGAAAGCGCUUUCUAACCCUGAGAUCCCAGCUGACAGAAUUUUCCAGAGCUUUGGCUCAGCGGCGCCAGCGGUUGGCAGAUGCUGAGAAGCUGUUUCAGUUCUUCAAGCAGGCCACAGCAUGGACUGAGGAGGGGCAGCGGGUACUGACAGAGCUGGAGCAGGAGCACCCAGGGGCUGUGCUGCAGCGGCUGCAGCUGCACUGGACCAGACAUCCUGACUUGCCCCCUGCCCACUUCCGGAAAAUGUGGGCUCUUGCCACAGGCCUAGGCUCAGAAGGCAUCCGCCAGGAAUGUCGCUGGGCCUGGGCACAGUGCCAGGACACCUGGCUGGCUCUGGAUCAGAAGCAUGAGGCUGCACUGAAGCCACCAUCAACAGACAGCACAGCUACCUUGUGUGCCAGGCGGGCUCCUGCUGUACCCACCGUUCCUCCACUGAGGAAGGCCUACAGCUUUGAUCGGAAUCUGGGGCAUGCCCAUCAUGGCCACUAUGCAGCAGCUGUUACUGACUCCCACAGACCUGAGGCUGGAGAGGGUGUCUGGCUCAGGUCACCCCCUUCUGUGCCUCUACCAGGCAGCUCUGACCUCAGGAACCCCAACAGGCUGCAGCUAGUAUUGGCAGAGAUGGUGGCCACAGAGCGUGAGUAUGUCCAGGCCCUUGACUACACCAUGCAGAACUACUUCCCUGAGCUAGACCGACCUGAUGUGCCCCAGGGCCUCCGGGGCCAGUGUGCCCACCUCUUUGGCAACCUUGAAAAGCUUCGGGAUUUCCACUAUCAUUUCUUCCUGCGUGAGCUAGAGGCUUGUACCCAGCACCCACCUCGAGUGGCUUAUGCUUUCCUGCGCCAUAGGGUGCAGUUUGGGAUGUACGCACUCUACAGCAAGAACAAACCUCGUUCUGAUGCCUUGAUGAGCAGCUAUGGUCACACCUUCUUCAAGGAGAAGCAGCAAGCACUGGGAGAUCACCUGGACUUGGCUUCCUACCUACUAAAGCCAAUCCAGCGCAUGAGCAAAUAUGCCUUACUGCUGCAGGAGCUGGCAAGGGCCUGUGGGGGCCCGGCACAAGAACUGGGUGCUCUUCAGGCAGCCCAGAGUCUGGUGUACUUCCAGCUGAGACAUGGCAAUGACCUGCUAGCCAUGGAUGCCAUCCAGGGCUGUGAUGUUAACCUCAAGGAGCAGGGACAGUUGGUACGGCAGGAUGAGUUCACAGUGCGGGCUGGGCGCCACAAGUCCUGUCGCCGUGUUUUCCUCUUUGAGGAGCUGCUGCUCUUUAGCAAGCCUCGGCGUGGGCCUGCAGGUGUUGACACAUUUACCUACAAGCGUUCCUUCAAAAUGGCGGACCUUGGCCUCACUGAAUGCUGUGGGGAAAGCAAACUGCGCUUUGAGAUCUGGUUCCGUCGUCGCAAGGCCAGGGACCUGUUUGUACUGCAGGCCUCCAAUGUGGCCACCAAACAAGCCUGGACAGCUGAUAUCUCCCGCCUGCUCUGGAGGCAGGCUAUCCACAACAAGGAAGUGCGUAUGGCUGAGAUGGCAUCCAUGGGUGUCGGGAACAAGGCCUUCUGGGACAUUGCCCCCAGUGAGGAAGCUAUCAGUGACCGUAACAUCAACUAUGUCCUAAAGAAACGAGAUGUUCGCUCUAGGGCCUCCAUUGCUGUGGCCCCAUUUGACUCUGACAACCCCUAUUUGGGUGCCUUGGGUUCCCUUCCUGGAGACCGUGCCUCUUGUUCUGUUCUGGGGUCUCUCAAUCUGCACCUGUACAGAGAUCCAGCUCUUCUGGGUGUUCACUGCUCCCUGUAUCCACCCAACUUCCCAGAGGAAGCAGCACUGGAAGCAGAAGCAGAGAUGGGCAGCCAGCCCUCUUUAACUCCUGAGGACUCAGAAGUCUCAUCCCAGUGCCCAUCAGCCAGUGGCUCUAGUAGUUCUGACAGCAGCUGUGUGUCAGGGCAGAUCCUGGGCAGAGGCCUUGAGGACUUGUCCUAUGUUUGAGUCCGGCUUGAAGAUGGAACAGUAGAUACAGCAGCCAGAAACUCCAAGGAAUGCCACACCCCUGAAUCUACUAUAACCAGUGAAUGGCUAGCUCCUGGGCCAUCUGUGUUCCCACCCUUCAUAUCCAAUAGGAAUAGCCUUGUUGAUUAUUCUUUCUGAUAUCUGUAGUCACCAACUGACUGGCCUAGGACCUUUCCAAGGGCAUUUGGCUGCAAAGCCUAGAUAGAUAAGUACCUUGAUCCCAAGCUCUUGGGAUCCUUCUCCUAUGCCCUCCCUACCACCCUAGUGUACGUUAAGGAUAGGAUGGGCAGAAGUUGAGUAUUUCCAAACUCUAGGCUGGUUUCAUGAGGAACACAAGUGGUUCCCAGCAGCUGCUCCUCAGCCCUUGCACUUAAUGCUGAUCUCUCCAAACACAGGGGCUAGCCUGCCCCAAAUAUAGGCCCCUUAUUCUUGAAUUUGUUGGCUUCCCAUCUCUAGCCUCUUGUU